GGCGGCUCUGCGCCAAGCUCAGGUGGCUGCACUGAGGGCGGCCGCAGCGCGGAGCAUCCGCCGGCCUCCUCCUCCUCCGGCUUGGAGAGGCCCCGGCGGCGGCGAGGGUUCUCCAGAGGCCGACGCCAGCGACGCCAGCGAGGGGGAGAAGAGACGCUCCGCUGCCGGCCUCCCUCCCGCCUUGAGGCCUCGCUGGCUGGCUGGGGCCGGACGGAGGGGCCGGCGGGCCGUGUGGUGGGCGCUGCAGGCUGGUUGGGGCUCCGCGGGGUAAAAGGAGGGCGGCGUCGGCGGCGUUGCCCGACCCGGCGAGAAGCAGCGGCCGGAGGAAGGAAGCGUCUCCCUGGGGCCGGGUUCAAACCAUCUUCCUCCCUCCACGGAGCAGUGAACCUGGGGCUGCCCCCUUUGCUCCAAAGGCAGAGCCCUUGCCGUGGCGUGUUCUCUCCAGAGAAGGUUGCCAUUUGCAGUGCCCAUAUUGCUGUUACUGCAGCACUAGGCAGACAUCUUUGAAAGGUUGUCUUUGUGCUGAUGGGAGCGCCUGAGAGCUGCUGGGCUUGAAGAGAUGAUGGAAGUUCAGGUUGACACCUCCUGCCUGCCUCCGGUUCAGGAAGUUUGCCGAGAGUUUCCUGUCCUGGAAGAUGGAGCUUUGGCCUACUGCUUACAAGAGCUAGAGAUUGAGCAGCAUUAUGCGUCCAACAUCCAGAAGAACCAGCUGGUCCAGAGAGAUAUCCAAAUUGCCAAGAAGCUUCAGGACAGAGAGGAUGAAGUGAGCGCGCUCCGGCUCUCCGAGAAACAGAAGCAGAUUGAAGAUCAUGACUCCGAAAUUGCCCGCACCAUCCAGGAAGAUAUUCAGAGGACAGCUGAGCAUGGUUGCCAGAGGAAAAAGACAGGCCAAGAAAGAGCCAGGCAGCUUGGAGGAGGAGGAAGAGGAGGAGAGGAGAGCCGCCAGCAGGAGCCGCAACUGGGGCACUGGAGUGGAACAGGAGGAGGGACCUUUAUUUAA